AUGACGACAGCUCCCGCGGCGGCGGCGCGGCAGGCGGCGUUCCAGGAGGCGUUCCGGGCGCUCCCGCCUUUCGCCGGGAAACCGCGCUAUACGCGGCGCUGCCAUCCAUGGCCCUGCUCUAUGGCCAGACCAUGCUCGGGACGCUACAUGAAGCGCGUCGGCGAACAGGAGUUGCAGCGCGGCAUGACUGCCGCCAGCGGCUCAGCCAUCAGUCAGGCGCUGUGGGGACGCGUCAUCGGCAGCCAUGGCCGCUACCGCGACAAUGGCGGCUAUGCCUCGGGGCCGGGUUUCGCCUGGGAUUUCUACGCCUUCCAGAUCGGCAUAGACCUUUAUCGCAAGGAGCAUGCGGACGGCGGCCGCGACCAUGCCGGCCUUUAUAUCGGCGCGGGCCGCGCCGACGGCGACGUCGCCCAUUAUGCGGGCGGCAGGGCUGGUUCAAUGAGCUUUGACGCCUAUACCGUCGGCGCAUACUGGACGCAUUACGGCGCGGCAGGCUGGUAUGUCGACGCAGUGGCCCAGGGCACGUGGUAUGGCGGCAAGGCGUCGUCGGGACGCACCAGCCUGAAGACAGACGGCUUUGGCGCGGCCUUUUCGCUGGAAGCGGGCUAUCCGAUCCAGCUGGGCGACGGCUGGGUGCUGGAGCCGCAGGCGCAGAUCAUCUUGCAGAAGAUCAAUCUGGGCGGCGGUUUUGACGAGACGGCGUUCAUCCGGUUCAGUAACGUCAAUUCGGUGGCCGCCCGCAUUGGCGCGCGCCUGUCGCGGAGCUGGAUCAUGGACACGGACCGCGGGCCCGUGAAGAUGAACGCCUGGCUGCGCGGCAAUGUGUGGAAUGAGUUUGCCGGAACGCCGCGCGCCAAUUUUUCCAGCGAUCUUGGCUACACGCCAUUCCGCUCGGACAUGAAGGGCGCCUGGGCUGACAUCAGCGCCGGCGUCACCGCCCAGUUCAACGCCAACACGGCUCUCUACGCCUCAGCGAGCUAUCAGACCAGCUUCGACGGCCGCCGCAACGGCUGGGGCGGCAAGGCCGGCCUGCGCAUCACCUGGUGA